AUGGCUGAUCCUCAUCUUCUUCCUCCUCUUCCUCCUCCUCCCCCUGUUCCCGAAACACUAUUGCAGAUAGAGCCCAUCACUCCUCUUCUCAAUUUCACCCAGAACAACAACAACUACAAUCAAAACAAUCAUCGUCGAGAAACUCUCUCGACUCAAGACGAUGAUCUUGAUCAGACACUACUGAAGCUUGAAACUUUCUUAUGUUUUCUGGGUUUCAGUCAAUCUUCGGUCUGUAGCUUCCUUUUUUCUUGGGCAGCUUUUGGAUUGGUUGGGGUAGCUCUGCCAGUUAUAAUACUUGAGCUAUCCAACUGCCCUGGCUGCGAGAAGUUCCAGAUCAAGAAUUCCGAACUGGAUAUUGUGGCUUCACAGGCUUGUCUUGCUGCUGUCUCUUUGAUUUGUCUGUCUCAUAACAUGAGGAAGUAUGGUGUAAAGAAGUUUCUGUUUGUUGAUCGUUAUAGCGGGCAGAUGACUCGCCUUAGCCGCCAGUAUAUUGCCCAGAUAAAGGAUUCUUUGCGCUUGCUCGUCCUGUGGUCACUGCCAUGUUUCAUUCUGAAGGUUGCUCGCGAAGUGAUUCGUAUCUCUUAUGUAAAACACGAAUCAUGGCUAUCCUCUUCCGCCAUUUUGUUCGGCUUAAUCUUAUCGUGGAGUUAUGUGAGCACAAUAUCUUUAUCGGCCAGCGUCAUAUUUCACAUGGUAUGCAACUUACAAGUGAUCCACUUCGAGGACUACGGGAAGCUCUUGGAGAGGGAAUCCGACGUUCUGGUAUUCAUUGAGGAACACAUCCGUCUAAGAUAUAAUCUUUCUAAGAUAAGCCAUAGGUUCCGCAUCUUCCUUGUUCUGCAGUUCAUUGUGGUUACGGCUAGCCAGUUCAUGACCCUCUUUCAGGUUACGGGUUAUAGCGGGAUAAUCACCGUCAUUAAUGGUGGCGAUUUUGUGGUGUCCUCAAUUGUUCAGGUAGUCGGAAUAAUUCUUUCCUUGCAUGCUGCCACUAGAAUAUCCCACAGGGCUCAAGCUAUUGCUUGCUUGGCGAGCCGGUGGCAUGCUUUGGCAACUUGCAAUGCUACUGCCAAUGGGAGCUCAGAUCCAUCGGGAUAUCCGACAAAUGCGUUACAAGUUAGCUAUUCAGAGAGUGAUUUGGAGUCGUUUGACUACAUUGCGGUGCCUACAAACACACAAUUGGCUUCCUAUAUGACCUCAUACCACAGGAGGCAAGCCUUUGUGUUGUAUUUGCAGAACAAUCCGGGAGGAAUAACGAUAUUUGGAUGGACUGUUGAUCGUGGACUCUUGAACACAAUCUUCUUCAUCGAGCUCACUCUUGUUACGUUCUUGCUCGGGAAGACUCUCGUUUUCAGCAGUUCCAGCUAA